CUGGAGCAUUAUGGGGUGGUGGAGGUGUGUGCAUUAGCCGGGCCAGGCUGAGACCGCUUCUGGGGCGUGGCUACCGCUAUGCUAUUGGGCUGUGGGCACGGGCUGCUCCUCCCCGGGGCCGGCUGCUCUCGCCCGCAGCUACCCUGCCGGCGCCACCCGCCUGUGUCCGUGAGAACAUCCUGUUCCUGUGGGCCGUGGGCUGGGCAGAGCCGGAGCGCGCCGUGCCAGGCCCAGCACUGCCCGCGGGGAUGGGGACAGCGUCCCGCCUGCUCCUCCUCCUCCACAACCUGCUGUUGCUGUCGCCCGGCGCCUUCGGAUUCGCUCCCUCCCUGGACAGCGACUUCACCUUCACGCUGCCCGCCGGCCGCAAGGAGUGCUUCUUCCAGCCCAUGCGGCACGGGGCCUCGCUGGAGCUCGAGUACCAGGUUUUAGACGGAGCAGGAUUAGAUGUUGACUUUUACUUGGAAUCUCCAAAAGGUGAAAUCCUAGUUUUUCAUCAGAGAAAAUCAGAUGGAAUUCACACGGUGGAAACAGAAGAUGGAGAUUACAUGUUCUGUUUUGACAACACAUUCAGCACCAUUUCAGAGAAGGUGAUUUUCUUUGAAUUGAUCCUAGAUAAUAUGGGAGAAGGACAACAAGAGGACUGGAAGAAGUACAUUACAGGCACAGAUUUGUUGGAUAUGAAACUUGAAGAUAUCCUGGAAUCCAUCAACAACGUCAAAGCCAGGUUAAGCAAAAGCCUCCAGAUUCAGACGCUGCUCAGAGCAUUUGAAGCUCGUGAUCGAAAUAUACAAGAAAGCAACUUUGACACAGUGAAUUUUUGGUCCAUGGUCAACUUGGGAGUCAUGGUGGUGGUUUCAGCUGUUCAGGUUUACAUGCUGAAAAGUCUUUUUGAAGAUAAGAGGAAAAGUAGAACUUAACAGCUAGUGUGAUCAUAGCAAUAACUAGAGAGGAGGGGAAAAUGCAAUAAACUGCUACAGCAAAAGAGACCUGUUACCUUGCCACUUGUUUCGAAUAGACAUUAUAAUCAGGUUCUUGAUUCACAUGUGACUAACAUGAACAGAAUACCUUUCCCCAUCCUUCCAUCUCUGCAAGCGUUACUAACAGUCUUACUGGUAUGUCAAUUUGUUGGCUUGUUGCAUUUGUAAUGACUCUUACUAGAUCAUGAAUAAUACACAGAAUGGUGUAUCAAAUGCAAGCCAAUGUUAAUACCUGCUAUAUAGUCAUCUUUUCAUGGUCAUUUAAACCUUUCUAUGUCCACCUAAAUAAUUUGGGUUUUUUACUAUUUUUUAAAUAAGCAUUGAGUAAAGUUACAGAUGUGCCAAAGGAUUGAGGCCCACCUAGGUAGGCUAUAGCUAUUGUCAGUUCUCUAUAAAUGUAUAAAAUUUCCUUGAGUCUUUCUUGUACAGCAUAAUACAGAAACACUGGGUUAACAUUUAUGAAGGGGGUUAAAAUGAGAAGUUAUUUUUUCACUUUUUUUAUAUAUAUCUCAGCACUUUUAAAGAGACAGUUAAUGUGAAAUUUAGUCAAUUUAUAAACUAAUUAAAAGUAGCAUCAGGUAC